CCAUAAAAAAUCUCGGCCGGCUCGGACGGACUCAGGCAGGCCCUAUGGAGACAGACCCUUAGCGACCCCUACCAGGUCUAUUCCGAUUUUCCCGGUUCUCUUUUCCCGCUGGGCUCACUCUGAUUGUUUUGAUGUCAGUCACUUCUCAGUUCUCACUAUAUAGCUACAACAUAGUCAUCUCAGUUCCGUCAGUGGUAUUUUCUUUAUUUUUUAUUUUUAUUAUCAUUUAUAUAUUGUUACAAAAGAAAUUAAUUUAAAUCUCAAAGCCAAUUACAUUUUUGGCUGAAUAUAUAAAAUGAUAUACAAUAAAAUAUUGUCUAGCUAUUGAGAAGUUAUGUUGGUGAACCAUGCAGAUGUGUAAUAAUUUCUAAACGAGUAUUAUUGAAAAAUUAAGUGAAUAUUUUAAUUAACCACAGGAAAGAGUUUCAAAAUAAUUUGUACAUACAUAUUUGGAAAUCAACCUAAGUUAAGGGUUGAAGAAUGAAUCAUGAUAAUUAAAAUAUCGAGGAUAAUUAAUUGUUCUUCAGAACAUCCGCAAUAUCCAGCUACUAAUCUCCUAGAACAUCCUCCAAAAUCAUCAUGGCGUUGUCUUAAGCCAACUGAAGUUAUUGCUACAGUAAUAUUCCAAUUAGUAGAACCAUCUUGUAUAACUGGAUUGGAUAUAGGAAACUAUCGUUCAUGUAUUGUAGUUGUUGAAGCUUCUUCAUCCAGUGAACCAGAUAAAUGGAUACCUAUUAUCAAUCAUAGAUUUCUAUCACAUGAUGAAGCAAUUAACAGUAAAUUCAGAGAUCAAGUGCAGAUAUUCACUAAACGAGAGCUCAAUCCUGACGUAAUAAAAAUAAAAUUUGAUAGAGUCAAAGCCACAUGUAUGCAAUCAGCUAAUCCAAGAGAAGUAUUUGGAUUGGAAUUUAUUAUUCUGAGAACUGAAGUGACUCUAGAUUUGGGACUAGAUGUGUUUGGACGUUUCAAAUUAAAAGAAAAAAAAGAAGAUGAGUUAGAUGAUUUUAAAGUAAAAUAUCUACAACUUUUUGGAAAAAAUAAAAAUUAUAAAAAAGAUUUAAAAGAAAAAAUCACUGAGAUAGGUUUGAAUAAAUUUGAUAAAAAGCAAGAAAAAACUAGUAUACCCAACAAAAGACCAAUUUUACAACAACUAGAAGCUGAUGCUCUUGACGAGACAAAACCAGGUUCAUCUUAUAGUACAGUGAAAAAAACAAAUUCAAAUGAGAAUAGUAAAACUAGUACAGUAGUUAAUCGAACAUUGUUUGGAGAUGUUAUACCAAGCCCUAAGGCAAUUAAGAAUGUAGAUUGCAAUACUAGCAAUAAUUUAAAAAAAAGAAUGUAUAGUCCAAAGAAUUCUUCGCAGCAUAACUCAUCAGUAACUAAAAAAGUUCUGUGUUCUUUGUGCCAAUUGGACUCAGACGAAUUGUGUUCAACAUGCAACAUGUUGCCUGAACCAAAGGUCACUGUUGAGGGUAUAACAAAAAAAGUUGUCAAAAAGCCUAAACCAAAAAAAGAAUUUAAAAAGCUUUUUGAGGAUAUUUCAUUUUCUCUAAGUGGGUAUGCCAAUCCACAAAGAGAUGAAAUACGAAGAAAAGCCCUGAAAAUGGGUGCAAAGUACAUUGCAGAUCCUAAUAUAACUAACAAUAAGUGUACACAUUUGAUUUGUGCUUUCAAAAACACCCCAAAAUUCCAGAUAUUAAAAGGACAUUGUAAAAUCAUUGACCACAAAUUUAUUGAAGAAUGCUUUGACACGAAAAAAAGGAUACCAUGGAGACGGUUUGCUUUAGAUAGUAAGGAACGGAGUCAGCCCGAAAGCGAGGAGGAAAUUGAGGGAUUGAUGUCACCAAUCAGUACUCCAAGUAUCUAUGACCAGGAAACCGACGACUCAAAUUGAAAUAUAUUCCAAAUUAAACAAAAUUUUUAUAAAUUGAAAUUCUGAAAUUUAGAAUAUGUUUAGAUUUUUUUACAGGAAAUAUUUAAAAAGUAUUCAAGAUAGAAGCUUCUUUUUUUUUGUACAAAUUUGUAAAUAAAUUAACAUUAUUUUUAUUCUCGUGCAUGUAAAACAAUUGAAUUCUAUUUGUAUGCCUCACUUUGUGAAUGAAAAAUUUCAAUUUAUAUGAUAAUGCUGGAUUUUAUAAAAUCUAUAAAAUUGUGGUAGAUAUGUAAAAAUUCGAACAAUAUAUUUACAAGU